AUGAGUAAAACAGCGUCCGCAGAGCUGGCUCAGGGCACAGGGCUUAUCCCCAUCACAUGUAUCUGUGAAGACAACACACUGUGCAGCACGAGGAGCGCGGCAGAAAGAAAAGAGGUUGGAUCGGGUCUGGAGCAUGCCACGCUGACACACUUCUGUCGGACACAAGAGGACGUCCUCUGUCCCCGGGACUCGGAGAGCGUGAGACCACCUCCUCCAGCCCGGGCUCUCUCCUCCUGCACCAUGCCUUCGCACUGGUCUCUCAGAUGCGGACUUCCAAAGAGCUUGUCCCCUGUGCUGUGGCUGCUGCUCCUGGGAAGAUGCGUCUCAGCAGAAGAUAAAGCGCCCCCCACUCUGCUCUCCUCUACCUUGUCCUUUGCACUCACCCCAUCGACAGCAAACCAAGACACCACAGCAGUGACCACUGGUCUGACUCGCCAUGUCCCCUCUGCGCUGCCCCACGGCCUGCUGCCUCUGCUGGGCAGAGGGCUCAGUCUGAGCUCCUCCCGACAGAAUGAGGGACUGAAACAAAGGGACAAAUCCCCAACAUUAGCUGCAGCAUCAGGUCAAUCCAGCUCACCUACUGACACGGUUCACAAACUCACGCUGCAUACGGAGACACACACGGACAGCCCUGACCCUCAGCCCUCUUUGACCAGCAUCAUGGAGACAGACACAGGCAGCCCUCAAGCAGUGCCCCGCUGCUUGGUCAGUCUCAACGGCCCAGAGGGAUAUAUAGACUCGUCUGAUGAGCCCCCAUUACCAGAUGGCCCCUUCCUCCAUUGUACCUACAUCAUCACUGUGUACACAGGAUAUGGAGUCGAACUGCAGGUGAAGAGUGUGAACCUGUCAGACAGUGAGCAGCUCUCCAUCAGAGGAGCAGAUGAAACCGGUGCCCUGCUGGUCCUGGCCAAUCACACUCUGCUGGUGGAGGGUCAGGUGAUCCGCAGCCCCACCAACACCAUGUCAGUGUACUACAGCUCUGGGCCUGAGGGAAGCAUAGGCACCUUUCAGCUGCAUUACCAGAUUUUCAGAUUGAGCUGUCCCAUCCCUAAAAGGCCGCACUUUGGGGAGGUGACUGUCUUAGACCUGCUCCCCAGAGGCACAGCCCGCUUCCACUGCCACAUGGGCUACCACCUGCUGGGGCACGGGCUGCUCACCUGCCUCAAUGCCUCUCUGCCCGUGUGGAGUGGGAAAGAGCCCACCUGCCGAGCUCUUUGUGGAGGAACGGUGAAAAAUGCCACUGUUGGCAGGAUCAUCUCCCCCACCACUCACCAUGGGGCCAAUGCAACACAUGAUCGGUCCUGCUCCUGGUCACUGGAGGCCCCCAAAGAUCAGAGGCUUCAUCUUCAUCUGGAGAGACUGACGUUGGGACCCACUGACAGAUUGGUGCUGUGGAGUGGUCUGGAUGCAGGCUCUGUAGUGCUUUUUGACUCUGGGCGUGGAGGGCAAAUCCCCUUUGAAGGAGUCAUCAGUGAGGGGCCUGCAGUGCGGAUCCAGUUUAUCACAGAUCAGCCCAAUCACAACACAGGGUUCAACAUCCGCUACGAAGCUUUUGAGCGUGGUCACUGCUACGAACCGUACCUCCAGAAUGGAAACUUCACUGCGUCUGACCCGUUGUAUGGUGUGGGCACUAUUGUCCAGUUCACUUGUGACCCGGGACAUUCGCUUGAACAAGGCCCUCCAGUCAUCGAGUGUGUGAGUGCCAGAGAUCCAUACUGGAACGACACAGAGCCGCUGUGCAAAGCGCAGUGUGGUGGUGACUUGACUGGACCAGGCGGGGUGAUCCUGUCUCCUAAUUGGCCGGAGUGGUACGGGGAGGGGGAGGACUGCGGCUGGAGGAUCCACGUCAGCGAGGACAAACGAGUUCUGCUGGAUGUACAACUCUUGAACAUCAGCGACAGUGACAUGCUAACCAUCACAGACGGAGAUGAGGUCAUGACUCACGUUCUUGCUCGAUACGUCGGAGGAAGCAGCCCCUUCAAGCUCUCGUCCACUACACCCGACCUGACCAUCACCUUCCACUCUGACCCCGCAGGACUCGUGUUCGGCAAAGGCGAAGGAUUCAUCAUUAAUUAUAUGGAGGUGUCUAGAAAUGACUCCUGUCCAGACUUACCAGAGAUCCAGAACGGCUGGAAGACCACGUCUCACAUUGCGCUUGUGCGAGGAGCGCGCAUCACAUACCAGUGCGACCCGGGGUACGACCUGGUGGGACGAGAAACGCUGACCUGCCAGCUGGACCUGUCCUGGAGCUCGCAGCCUCCAUUCUGUGAGAAAAUUAUGUACUGCUCAGACCCAGGCCAUGUUGAACAUUCCACUCGGACGUUGUCGGACCCAAAACUGCUGGUGGGAACAACGAUCCAGUACACCUGCAAUGCUGGCUUCAUCCCCCAGGGCGGCGCCACUAUCACCUGCUAUGGACGUGAGCCAGGAACUCCAGUGUGGACGUCCAAACUGCCACACUGUGUUUCUGAGGAGUCUGUAUCCUGUGAGAACCCUGGUCUCCCAGACAAUGGUUAUCAGAUCCUUUCCAAGAGGCUGUAUCUCCCUGGAGAGUCACUCACCUUUGCCUGCUACCAAGGCUAUGAGCUGAUUGGAGAAAUGGCUAUUAAAUGCAUUCUGGGAAAUCCAUCAUAUUGGAGUGGACCACUUCCUCUCUGCAGGGUUGCAGAAGCGACGGAACACUCCGCUCUUGAUGGUGGGAAAAUAGCCCUAUCCAUCUUCAUUCUAGUGCUGGUACUGUCUGUGCUGCUGGGAGGAGCCUAUGUCUAUAUCACAAGGUGUCGCUAUCACUCCAAUUUGAGAUUGCCUCUCAUCUAUCCUCAUCCUUACCGACAAAUCACUGUGGAAGCAGAGUUUGACAACCCGCUCUAUGAGACAGGCGGACUGGAGAGUCGUGAAUAUGAACGUGAAAACACCAAAAUGCAGAUCUUUGUGAAGACCCUGACUGGAAAGACCAUCACUUUGGAGGUUGAGCCAAGUGACACCAUUGAAAACGUGAAGGCCAAAAUCCAAGAUAAAGAAGGAAUCCCCCCAGACCAGCAGAGGCUGAUUUUUGCUGGAAAGCAGCUUGAAGAUGGCCGCACUCUGUCAGACUACAACAUCCAGAAAGAGUCAACUCUUCACUUGGUGCUGCGUCUACGAGGGGGAAUGCAGAUCUUUGUGAAAACCCUAACGGGGAAGACAAUCACCCUAGAAGUUGAGCCAAGUGACACCAUUGAAAACGUGAAGGCCAAAAUCCAAGAUAAAGAAGGAAUCCCCCCAGACCAGCAGAGGCUGAUUUUUGCUGGAAAGCAGUUGGAGGAUGGCCGCACUCUGUCCGACUACAACAUACAGAAGGAGUCAACUCUUCACUUGGUGCUGCGUCUGCGAGGAGGAAUGCAGAUCUUUGUGAAGACCCUGACUGGAAAAACCAUCACUUUGGAGGUCGAGCCAAGUGACACCAUUGAAAAUGUGAAGGCUAAGAUCCAGGACAAGGAGGGAAUCCCCCCAGACCAGCAGAGGCUGAUCUUUGCUGGAAAGCAGCUUGAAGAUGGCCGCACUCUGUCCGACUACAACAUCCAGAAGGAGUCGACUCUUCACUUGGUGCUGCGUCUGCGAGGAGGAAACUAG